CCUCAAUCUCGGCCGCACCGGGAAGUCGCGCAUGCGUAGUCUCGGCCCCGGGUUGCCGCUCCAGCCCGUCUCCGCGGCGGGGGACCGGGCUGCCUUGGCCCCUUAGCGCUCCCGUCUUUUCCGGCAGCUGGAACGCUUCCUGUUGUCCUCACCCGCAACAGCCCGUUGCCCCCUGUCUCAGAGACCCUCACGCGUCCCCUCCCGUCUUUGGCUCGUUGGCUGCCGCCGCCGGGGCUUCGCCAGCCUUCACGUCGAGACUACUGGCAGAAGGGGCGUCUGCGGCUCUCCGCCGCCCCCAGCCCUGCUUCUCCCGGGGCUCUGCAGCCAUGGCAAUGACAGGCUCAACACCUUGCUCAUCCAUGAGUAACCACACAAAGGAAAGGGUGACAAUGACCAAAGUGACACUGGAGAAUUUUUAUAGCAACCUUAUCGCUCAACAUGAAGAACGAGAAAUGAGACAAAAGAAGUUAGAAAAGGUGAUGGAAGAAGAAGGCCUAAAAGAUGAAGAGAAACGACUCCGGAGAUCAGCACAUGCUCGGAAGGAAACAGAGUUUCUUCGUUUGAAGAGAACAAGACUUGGAUUGGAAGAUUUUGAGUCCUUAAAAGUAAUAGGCAGAGGAGCAUUUGGUGAGGUACGGCUUGUUCAGAAGAAAGAUACGGGACAUGUGUAUGCAAUGAAAAUACUCCGUAAAGCAGAUAUGCUUGAAAAAGAGCAGGUUGGCCACAUUCGUGCGGAGCGUGACAUUCUAGUGGAGGCAGACAGUUUGUGGGUUGUGAAAAUGUUCUAUAGUUUUCAGGAUAAGCUAAACCUCUACCUAAUCAUGGAGUUCCUGCCUGGAGGGGAUAUGAUGACCUUGUUGAUGAAAAAAGACACUCUGACAGAAGAGGAGACUCAGUUUUAUAUAGCAGAAACAGUGUUAGCCAUAGACUCUAUUCACCAACUUGGAUUCAUCCAUAGAGACAUCAAACCAGACAACCUUCUUUUGGACAGCAAGGGCCAUGUGAAACUUUCUGACUUUGGUCUUUGCACAGGACUGAAAAAAGCACAUAGGACAGAAUUUUAUAGGAAUCUGAACCACAGCCUCCCCAGUGAUUUCACUUUCCAGAACAUGAAUUCCAAAAGGAAAGCAGAAACCUGGAAAAGAAAUAGACGUCAGCUAGCCUUCUCCACAGUAGGCACUCCUGACUACAUUGCUCCUGAGGUGUUCAUGCAGACCGGGUACAACAAGCUCUGUGAUUGGUGGUCGCUUGGGGUGAUCAUGUAUGAGAUGCUCAUCGGCUACCCACCUUUCUGUUCGGAGACCCCUCAAGAGACAUACAAGAAGGUGAUGAACUGGAAAGAAACUUUGACUUUUCCUCCGGAAGUUCCCAUCUCUGAGAAGGCCAAGGAUCUAAUUUUGAGAUUCUGCUGUGAAUGGGAACAUAGAAUUGGAGCUCCUGGAGUUGAGGAAAUAAAAAGUAACUCUUUUUUUGAAGGCGUUGACUGGGAACAUAUCAGAGAGAGACCUGCUGCAAUAUCUAUUGAAAUCAAAAGCAUUGAUGAUACUUCAAACUUCGAUGAGUUUCCAGAAUCUGAUAUUCUUAAGCCAACAGUGGCCACAAGUAAUCACCCUGAGACUGACUACAAGAACAAAGACUGGGUCUUCAUCAAUUACACGUACAAGCGCUUUGAGGGCCUGACUGCAAGGGGGGCAAUACCUUCCUACAUGAAAGCAGCAAAAUAAUUCUCUUGCCAUGGAAUCCUACAUGGAACAGAGUUCUUUGUGCAACAUCAUGCUUUUCCUCCCACACUCUUGAAGAGCUUCCAAGAAGUUGAUGGAACCCACCAGUAUGUCAUAGUAAAGUCUCCUGAAAUGCGAUAGUAAGAGGAUUUCUUCCAUAAUGCAUCUGAAAAACUGUAAACAAAGACAACCAUUUCUACUGCAUCGGCCAUAAACAGCUAUCCUGCUUCUUCCGAAGCAUCAUGAGCCAAUUUGGUAGGUGUUUUAAAAACAACUUGAGUUUUCCUAAGUUCAUCAGAAUGAAGGGGAAAAACAGCCAUCAUCCAACAUUAUUGAGAUUGUCUUGUAUAGUCAUCGAAUGUCAGCCAAUUCCUGUGAUUUUGUGACACGCUAUCUGCCAAGCCCACCAAGUAUUUCCUUUAUAGCUGAAAGUUCCAUAGUACUAAGGAAAUAAAGCAAUAAAGACAGUCUCAGCAGCCAGGAUUCUGGCUGAAGGAAAUGAUCCACCACCCUGAGGGUGGUGAUGGUAGUUUCUACCCAUACCUCAGCCUCAGGCAAGUGGCUUAUAGCCUCCAUUCAUGGUGCACUUUAUUAUAUGGUACUAAGAUAAAGACUGUCAAUCCAUUGAUUUAUCUCCUCCCUGUCCCCCAUCUAAAAUAUCCAUGCUGCUUUUCUGAGUGUUGAUGGGGGUUACCAGCUUGAUCCAUUGUUGCUCUUAGAAGGCCCGGAAAGUCUUUGGGCAUUGCCAAGGAAUCCCGGAUUAUGUGGAAAACCCUCACUUUCUCUUCACGGCUGUACCAGAAAAUCCCUAAGACAGAUGUUGCUGUGGACCAGCAAUACCUGCAAGUGCUGCCAGCGGGAACUCAGUUUAUUCCUGGGAACUUAACAAGGAGAGCCCAGGCCUAGGCAGGAGGCCUGGAACCCUCUUGGCUAAGGUGCUUUUCCUGUUCCUGCAAGGUCUCCAGAACCUCUUUGGAAAUGGUGAAGGAACCAGCCCAAUAGAAGUAGAGCCAGCUGACAAGUCUUUGUAAAGUUCACUCCUCAGUCCUUGGCACAACCAUGUUUUGUCUUCUCUCUUGGUAUUUCUUCUCUCUCAACUUUAAGUAGCCAUUUUGCCUUGGAAUCAUGAUUACAAUUUUUUCCUUUGCAGAUGCCUUCCUGGAGGAUACUCCUCCCCACCAUAAAGGGUCGCCUGCAACUUAGGCGGAUUGGGUCUCUCUGCUGUGUCGUUCUCUCAUGAGAGACCCUCUGAAUUGUAUAGCACAAAGUGCCUUCUGUUUCACAGCUGCCACCACCUUUAGAGGAAUUUUGUCAGAAAAAUGUGGAGGCUCCAUAUUAAUGCAUUGUUUUUUAAAACGUUUUGAUAACUCUUAAAGCAUCAUUUGCACCUGUGUGGGAACUUUGCCUGCUGCAGAGCAUUGUGGCCGAGCUGCAGCUGGGAGCCUGCUUUCUGCCAGUAAUGAGGUUGUGAAGAUCAGUUUUGAAAGGAAAGUAUGUCCUAGCUUAGCCAUUCAGAAGAGAAAAAUGGAAUAUCAGAGUUACGGUUGUCAGUGAAACUGCUUUGGGUUUUAACCUCUUAGAGGAAGAAAAAAGGUUAGGGAAGUCUCAACUCUGGAUGAAGGUGAUGUGUUUGCCUCUCAGUCUUUCAUUCAUAGCCUGCUAGUGAAAAGGAAGUAAAUGAGAUUCUUUUGUGUAACUUUGUAGUCUCUGUAUUACCAAAUAUUUGGGGUGUUGACUCCUGUGUGUUUUGCAAGAAUGUUUGGUAAGCCUGGGUAAAGAGAAGUAACUGCAGUGUUGGGAGAGUCUUUGUGUGGGGGAGUGGCAGGGGAUGAUUUGUUUUAGGGGAAAAUGCCCACAUUUUAACUUUUAAACUUAGGAAUAAACUGUGUGAAAACAGUAGUG